CUACUUUCCACACAGUUUGGCCGAAAUCAGACGGCGACUAUAGUCAAGAACAUGCGCGCGAGUCUGUCGUACCUCUUAGUGUUCAGCGCCCUUUGGCACGCGAGGGCCAAACUCAACUCGGAUGAAGAAGAGGACUCUGGCGAGCAGACCUUGGGCAGCGGUGAAAACAGCAAUCGCACGGUGCCACCUACUCUAGACGAAAAUGAUAACCCGGAACAAGGAGCGCAGGAGAGCAGCGAGGGUCUGGGCGCGGCCGUGACCAGGAUCUACCAGCACCCGUACGCGGCGUCGCUAACGAACAACGACACAUAUGUGUGCAGUCUUGUAAUCCUCAAUACGUACUGGCUCAUUACGCAGUCCAAGUGCUUUGGCUCAGACGUAAUUGCGUCGUACGUGACGCACCGGGCGCUGGGCAACUACAGCGUGCGCGUGGGCAGCUCAUACAAUAACAAAGGCGGGACGCUUCACAAGAUACAAAUGAUGAUCAACAAUUUUGACCUGAAAGUGACUGCAGUGAAACUUCAAGCGCCGAUAGCAUUCAGUUCUCGAGUGAGCGCCGUGCGGCUACCUAAUCCCGAUGAACCGGUGACCCUUGGGUUCCUAGCCACCAUGAUUGCUUGGACUCCUACCGGGCACAUGCGGCAAGUGAACGCGCCGGUGAUCGAGGCAUCCAUCUGCGAGUCCUACACCAAGCUGAUGACCGGCCACUACAUCUGCGUGGGCGGCGUCAAGGACCCCAACAGGCACUUCUGCAGGAGAGACAACGGUGGUGCGGUGAUUCAGAACAACACGCUCGUCGCCGUAUCCUCGUUCCUCCACACCUGCGCGCUCUACUCCAGAAGCCACGCCUUCCCCAAAGUCUCCAGCUUCGCCAGGUGGCUCGACUCCAUCAUCUGGGACGAGAACAACCGUCCGACCACCCUACAACCGACGACAGUAGGAGCAACAAAAUCAAAUACCUCUACUCAAACUCCAAAACCUGAAAAUUCGGAUCCGAGAAACAUUUACCAGGACCCAAGAAAAUUCUUGUUAACUUUGCCGUUUGAUCCGAUCGAUGUGCCAUUAGAACCCACCGGCGAUAGCUCCGUGCUUCCUAGGAUGAGUUUGUAUGAAUCAUAUCUUCAGAAUAUGGCUAGGGCGAGGACGAGUACGACAGAGGAUCCGAUGGAAAUUGAGGAGCAGGCGAGGCGGAUGUGGCUACAAAAAUUUGGAAAGAACGUAGUGCUGCCUCCGGGUUUUUUGGUGUAAGAAAUAAAUGAACAGAGCUUGUCUUAUAUAAACUUGCA